AGCUUGGUGAACCCUCCAUCUCUUUAGCCAUGUUAGAAGGCAAGGCAGUGAUUGUGGAGACUGAUAUGCUUCAAAACAUGCAGCAGAAUGCAGUUGACUUGGCAUCAAAAGCCCUAGAUUUCUUCGACGUUACUGAAGCUACUGAGAUUGGCCGCUUCAUUAAGAAGGAUUUUGACAGUACGUAUGGACCUGGAUGGCAGUGUAUUGUAGGAACAGAUUUCGGUUCAUUUGUUACGCAUUGCCACGGUUGUUUCAUCUAUUUUUGCAUUGGAAGCCUCGCAGUUUUACUCUUCAAGGGAUCUGCAGGUCCGGAUCAAACACAGGCAAACCACUGUUCUUCCCUAGAGGGAGUAAAAGCAUGAUACUGGAAGUUCCUUGAUUAUUGUGUUUCUGCAAUUUCUUGUAUGCUAUCUACUAGCUCUUGUAGUAGAGACUAUUAGUAUGAAAUUGAAGAAAUCUUUUCAGGUUUGAAGUUUUAGAUUCUCCCGUUCUGCCAAAUAUAAUUCAAUUUUUUUUAUCUCAAAAAAAAGAGAUGCGUCGCUGCCUCUCUCCAAAACCUAGCCGCCAGGGCUUGAGUUCUCUAAUCCGGCAACCAUCUCUGGUCUCGGUCCUAAGUGGGGACUUGUUCUCCACCCUCUGUUGUCUCCAAGGCCAUGCAUGUUUGUGCCACAAUUGCUCACCCAUGCCCAUCUUCUCGAAUUGGUGAUUGGAGAAGUCAUGGAUGAUUUCUUGUUGUUGCUGAUUUCGUCUCAACGAA